CGGGCUGCGCAGCCGCUCCAGCCUCCCCAGCAAGGAGUGAAAGCUUUCCACUUGGUCAGCAUGUUUAGGAGAGACUUGAGGCCUGACUCUUGGUUUUUCAGCUUUCUGGUUGGGAGCCUGUCCAGGAGUCUCUUAGCCUUUGCGGCCAUUGCUGAGAAUCAGACUUUUACUGAUUUUGCUCCUCUCACUGUUGAGACCUUGAGACACAUGUACGAAUAUGUGGCCACCCCCUUGGACUGGUGGCACGCAGACAGACACUGCGAGCAGCGUUUUGCCCGGCUGCUUUCUGAACCCGGAGACGGUGAGCGGGCUUCCAUCAGCAAACUGCUGCAGUCCCAGCACGUCAAGGGCUCUGUCUGGUUACGUGACGUGAACGGCGCCCUGCCCAAGCCGAAACGGAGACAGAACCACAUUGUGCCAGUCCUGGUGUUUGGAGAAAAAACAGACACUAAAUACGUGAAGGUGCUUUCUGCCUUCCCAGCACUGCCUGCUGUCACGGCCUGUGCCCACCUCCAGUGGGACACCACGACCCAGGAGAUUGCCACCGUAUUCUCAUAUGCUGUGCCGGCUUUUAUUAAUGAGCUCCAGCUCCGUGGCUUUGUCGAUGAGGAAGGCUACGUUCGAUUUGCUCUCAUUGUCCACGGGCACCAUUCCCCGUAUCUACCCGCGUUCCGUGCUGACGGGCACUGGCAUCAUUUCUGUGUGACCUGGCAACAGSAAAAUGGGACCUGGGCCAUUUAUGCCGAUGGAAAAAGGAGGGCAUCUGCCAGUGGUUUGUGUGCUGCGGGGCUGUCUGCCCCCCAGGCCAUCUAUGGCCAGGGGACUUUCAUAAUAGGGCAGGAUCAAGAUUCCCUGGGGGGCACCUUCAGGGAGAAGGAGUCCUUCAGUGGGAACAUCACUGACCUGCACAUCUGGCAGAAAGUCCUCAGUGUGGAGCAGAUUGAGGAAGUUCGCUCGUGCCAUGUGGUAGAACAAGAACUUGUAUUUGGAUGGAGUUCAAAUGCUUUGGAGGUUGAAAGCACCGUUCAACAGGUGACUGUACAGUUUCUUUGCCCAGGGCCUGUUGAGGAAUGCCGAGUUUUUGAAGUUGGCAGCAGUGGAUUCAGUUACGUGUCUUGUUUGCAGUCCUUGCCUUUUAUCUGUUGCUACAGAAAGGGCGCGUAUCUGCAGCUGAAGAAGGUGCAGCUGGAGUCCAGCCAUUCGCUUGCUGCCCGUGUGAACGCGCUUGCAGCUAGGAGCGUGAUUCGUGAGAACAUAUUCACAGGUGAUGUCCAGGACAUGAACCUCUCCAUUGCUAUUGGCUCUCUUGAUGUCCUGGCAUCUGUCUUGAGGGAAGGAGAGACACCCAUGGAGUCGUCUGACCUUCUUGGAGUGCUUCAGUUACUAAAGCAAGUUUCUGAUGUGGAAGUCCAGGAUGGAGAAGAGCCAGAGAUGUUGGAGCAGUUGAGCCAGUAUUACGUGGAAGUAACUGGGUUAAUCCUGGAAGAGCACAACUUUGAAACGUGGUUAUCGGUGAGCCAGAUUAUCAGAGGGCCUAUGGCUGUUGUGGAGAUCUCCGACAGGGUGGUAUCAAACUUAGCCCUGCUGCUGACUGCAGGGAGGACGAAGAUCACGGUCCAGCAUGGCAACAUGGGGAUGGAGGUGAGAAGGCUGGAGCUGAGCAAGCAGGAGCCAAGCAGUGAGGUGUACCUGAUCCAGAGCCCCGGGAGAGCUGGACACGACCUUAUUGAGGUUCCCACAGAAGAAAUGCAAAGACUGAAAGCUAAAGGUCUCAGCAGAGUCAUUGUGAAAAACAUGUGGUUUGGCUAUGGCUCCCUCCAGCGCUGCCUGGCUGCCACUGGCAGCAAUGCCGACGUCCAGGAGGUGGCUGCCUCGGAUGGAGGACAGAAGUACCUGAGCACCAUGGUGGGAACUGCUGUCAUCUCAUCCGCCCUGCUCAGCGACUACCAGGAGAUGGGCACGUCUGUGCGCUACCGCCUGCAGCACCACACCAAGGACCUGCCUGAUAAGCUGGUGGGGCCCRUCUGUGCCUUCUGGAACUUCAGCCUCAGCCCAGAUGCUGGUGGGAUGUGGUCCACAGCUGGCUGCUCAGUGGUGACAUCUCUCCCAGAUUCCACAGCCUGUUUUUGCAACCACACCACWAGCUUUGCAGUGCUUCUGCAGGUGUAUGAAGUACAGAGGACAGUCAAAGAAGAGCUCAUGUUACAGACAUUGACUUUUAUUGGAUGUGGAAUUUCUUUCUGUGCCUUGAUUGUUACCUUCAUUUUAUUCUUGGCGGUUGGUGUUCCCAAGAGCGAACGAGCAACUGUGCACAAGAACCUGAUCUUUGCAUUAGCUGCAGCAGAAGCUCUGCUCAUGUUCAGUGAAUUGGCCAAGACCAACCAGGUGGUGUGCUUCAUUGUCACUGCCUUCCUCCAUCUCUUCUUCAUGGCAGCCUUUUCAUGGAUGCUGGUAGAGGGGCUUCUCCUUUGGAGCAAAGUGGUGGCAGUCAAUAUGAGUGAAGACAAGAGAAUGAAGUUCUACUAUGUGACAGGCUGGGGCCUCCCGAUUGUUAUCGUGGGUGUGACCCUUGCAACUUCCUUUAACAAGUAUGUGGCAGACAACCACUGCUGGCUGAACGUUCAGGCUGAUGUCAUCUGGGCCUUCGUUGGGCCUGUCCUCGUCAUCCUGGCAGUAAAUACCUUUGUGCUCUUCCGAGUGGUGAUGGUGACUGUGUCCAGUGCUCGCAGGAGAUCGAAGAUGCUGACACCCAGUAGCAGCCUGGARAAGCAGAUUGGAGUGCAGAUAUGGGCCACAGCCAAGCCCAUGUUGGUGCUGCUGCCCGUGCUGGGGCUGACRUGGGUGUGUGGAGUCCUCGUCCACCUCAGCAUCGUCUGGGCCUAUGUCUUUAUUGUGCUGAACUCCCUCCAGGGCCUGUACAUAUUCCUGGUCUAUGCAAUCUAUAACAGCGAGGUGAGGAAUGCCAUCCAGAGAAUGAAAGACAAGAAGAAAGCGCUGUCGUUCACAAACUGCUCUCAUCCCAUCAACUACUUAUCAAGUCCAAGAAAUACAACCUCCUGGGAGACUGGAAAACCGAGUCCUUCUGCAGCCGAGAGUGUCCUGUCAAGUCGUGUUCAGAAAGAGCCUCCAGUGAAGAAUAUCACCAACAAAGGAAACUUUGGAGCCAAAAUUCCCAUGGGGAUUUCAUCAAUUAUGUCCCCAGAGAGACCGGCUGUAGAGCUAACAGCGUUCAAGUCCUCAGGUUUCUGAGCAGCGGUUCCUCGUGUCUUACCCACGACGCAUGGCCUGGAGGGCGGCAGCU